AUGGGGGAAGAUUUAAUAUCGUCUUUAUAUCCACCACCACCACCAUAUAUCAAAUUUUUCACAAAUGAAAACCUAGAAAAGCUAAAGCAUCAACCACCAGAAGGAGACCUCAAGUUUCUUGUUCCACCAAAACAACCACAAGGAUCACAAUAUAGAGGGUACGGUAAUAUAUGGUCAUUUGAAGAUAAACUUCCCAACCUAAAAGAUACUCAAUGGAAACAACUAUAUAAUGAUGAAAAUUUAACAUCAGAAACUAAAAUACAAGAACUACAUAAAAUUAUGGAUUCAUUACUUAUAGCAUUUCUAGAAUUAAUUAGUUUACUAAGUGUUGAUCCACAACAAUUUGAACCAAAAAUAAAAGACAUGAGUUUAUUAAUUAUAAAUUUUAAUCACCUACUAAACACUUAUAGACCUCAUCAAAGUAGAGAAAGUUUAAUAAUGUUGUUGAGGAAACAAAUCAACAAUAAAAAAAAUGAAAUUCAAGAAAUUGAUAGAGUUUGUGAAGAGGUAAAAAGGAAUAUCAAGAAUUUAUUUGUUGAACAAGAUAUGGAUGUCGAUUUGGAAGAAUCAGUAGAGCCUGAGAAUAAACUACAAACAAAUUUACUAGAUACUAUUUUGAAGCAAAAUGUAUAA